AUGGAACAAGACAAGGAAAAUAAGAAUACAACGAAUGAAAAACAUUCUCCAGCAAAAAUGAAUCAAGUUAAAUAUGGAAUAUUAAGCAACAAGGUAUCAACAGUAUUGGAAAUGGUAAAUGAUUCCUCACUUAAUACUAUGGCUUUACCAAAACUAAAAUUAGGAAAAAAUGAUAUGGUUAGAAUAACAGAUCCUAAUGAUAAUCAACAAUUAUUAUCGUCGUCAUCAACACCACCAAUUAUUUCACACCAAAAGCAACAAAUAAAUAAUACAUCCAAUAAUGCUCAUCAAGAAACUACUUCAUCAUCAUCUUCAGCUUCAUCAUCAUCUUCAGCUUCAUCAUUAUCAUCACCUUCAUCAUCAUCAUCAUCACCUUGUUUAUCACUAUCAAUAUUCAUAAUUGAUUCAUUAAUAACAAUAUUACUUGGAAUUAUUUCAAAUCUGUUCGUAUGGUAUAUUAUAGUUAACGGCACAAUAACAAAAACGUUGACAUAUGUCAAGUUCAAUUUCAAUCAUCAUAAUCGUUAUCAAUUAUCAAUUCAUUCAACAAAUGAUAAUGAUGAAAGAUAUUUACUUGUUAUGAAAGAGGCACCUGAAAAAAUUCUUAAAAAUUGUUCAACUAUAUAUGUUGAUGGUUGUGAAAUUGAAUUAAAUCAAUUUUGGAAAAAACAAUAUGAAACAGCAUUUAAAGAAUUAAGUAAUCAUGGUGAACGUGUUCUUGCAUUUGCUGAUUAUCGUUUACCAUUAAAUAAAUAUCCACGUGGAUAUGAAUUUGAUUGUGAUACAAUUAAUUUUCAUGUUAAUCCUUAUUUUGAAUAUUUUAAUUUUCCAACAAAUGGUCUUAGAUUUUUAGGUUUAAUAUCAUUAAUUGAUCCACCACGUGUUAAUGUUGGUGAAGCUGUUAAAAAAUGUCGUUCAGCUGGAAUACGUUUAUUAAUGAUAACAGGAGAUCAUCCAUUAACAGCUGCUGCUAUUGCACGUUAUACUGGUAUUAUAACAGAUCAUAGUACAACUGAAUUAUUAUUUUGA